CUCCGGAGCAGCGUAAAAUAUAGAUCGAGUUUACCGCGCGCGAUAAAUGUGCAACGCCAGCGAGUGAGUCUGUGGAUGACCCAAACGCCGGCUGACAAUAAGACCAUUCGGUUCCGCCUUCGCUCUGCAGAUAGCUGCCAGCAGCGCUACAGAGUGGUCACUGAGAAACUGCGCGGGCAACGAAGAGAUUGACGAAGACAAGCAUGUCGAAUAACCGUUCUUCCGGCCGGUGCAAGGUGUACCUCUGUUGUACGUCGCUACAGCCGGGAAACUGCAUCAAUGACGCCAUCAACUCGUUUUCCAAAGGCAACUCGUGGGCCCAGCACUGGCUGCUCGUGUUCGACUACGGCCAGAACGACGUGCUGAUCUGCGACGCCGACAACCACGGAGGAGAGCUGACGGGUCGCACCUACUGGAAAAAGAGGGCUGCGCUAGAGAACUACGAAAAGAAGAUAUAUCUUGGAAAGCGCAACAUUCCAGAAGAGCGCAUUUACAGCUUAGUGAGGAAGAGGGGCGACUCCGGCCAGUACCAUUACACGGACAACAACUGCCAGAAAUGGGCCCAAGACCUGCUGCGUGAACUUGACAUUGAAAUGCCCGCUGACGAAGUCGACGCCCGCACAGUAGUGACCAACUACAUACAACCGGCAGCCUUCGCUGGUGGGACAGUCGUGGGAGUCUGCGGGAUCGGCGUCCUCAUUUACAUGUCCUGUCGGAACAAGCGGGAGUAGAAGGCGCACGCCUUCAUGCGUUUUUCUUUUUAAACAUGGCUGUACAGAAAUUAAUGGCCUAAAUUUCUUUUCUGUCGCAGUUUCGCAAUUAUAGCCUUUUGUUUAUAAACAUAGCAAUACAGAAGUUAAUGCCCUAAAUUCUUUUUCUGUCGCAGUUUCGCCAUCUUUUCUCUUAUUGUAAUACGUAUUGAAAACAUUUGGCAGACCACUCGCCUUGUGGGAAUCUGUUUUAUGCAAAGCAGUCACCGAGUAGUUCUAUGCUGGAUUUUUUCGCUUUGACCCAAGCGUUACGAUUGUAUUUGCGUGUUUUUGUAACUUUAGUAGUUGUGUGCUCAUCGUGGGCUUACCAGGCACGUCAACAACACUUUCGUUUAAAGACCAUUUUGUAUGUUUUUAUGUAUUCCUAUGUUUUAUACACUUAUGGUGAAUAAAACACAUUUGGU